UAUUAUCCAUAGAGGCCGCAGGUAUUGGCGGGGUAUCGCAAAAAAAAUACCCAGAUCCCACACCCCUCCUCCCCUUUCUUCGAGGCUGCAAAAUCCUCUGAAAACUGGUGGUGUGUCGCUGUUUUGCUGCCAUCUAUCAGACACUGUCGGCCGAUCUGAAGGGACCGAAUUGGGGGCCGGUCGUCGGGGCAGCUUUACACAGGCGUGCGACCUUCCAGAUCUGGUAACUGGGCGGCCCGUCUAGAUCUGCGUCGCUGACUAAAUGAGCGGAUAUAAAUACUGUGGCGCCCGCCGCCCGUAAUCCGUUUCCCCCUUAGAAUUCCACUUCACAUCCAACCCAAAAACACAUCAACCAUAAAUCACACCAACACAAUGUCUGCCGUCAUCCAAAAGCCAGCCCCAUCUUUCAAGAAGACCGCCGUCGUCGACGGGGUUUUCGAGGAGGUCUCCUUGGAACAAUACAAGGGCAAGUGGGUGUUGUUGGCGUUCAUUCCAUUGGCGUUCACUUUCGUGUGCCCCACCGAAAUCAUUGCCUACUCCGACGCCGUCAAGAAGUUUGCCGACAAGGACACCGAGGUGUUGUUCGCGUCCACGGACUCCGAGUACUCGUUGUUGGCCUGGACCAACGUCGCCAGAAAGGACGGCGGCUUGGGCCCAGUCAACAUCCCCUUGAUUGCCGACACCAACCACUCCUUGUCCAGGGACUACGGUGUGUUGAUUGAGGAGGAGGGUGUUGCCUUGAGAGGCAUUUUCUUGAUCGACCCCAAGGGAACCUUGAGACAGAUCACCAUCAACGACUUGCCUGUCGGCAGAUCCGUGGACGAGUCCUUGAGAUUGGUCGAGGCCUUCCAAUUCACCGAGAAGUACGGCGAGGUGUGCCCUGCCAACUGGCAACAAGGCGCCGAGACCAUCAAGCCAACGGUCGACUCCUCCAAGGAGUACUUCGGCAAGGUCAACAAGUAAGCUGCGCACGCGUGUAAUUAGGGCUUAGGUGGUAUUCAGGGAGCUGCGCGUGGCGUUCUGUAGCUACUUUCCAU